AUGCCUGGCUCACCAGAUACAGAAGAGGCCGAUCCUUUGUUGCUUGAAUCAGAAAGUGAAUAUCGCAGUAGUCUCGAGUACUCACGAGACACGGUGGACUUCGACCGAAAUGGGGACCCAGAAAAUCCACUUGAGUGGCCCGACUUCUAUAAAUGGGGGAUCGUGGCCUUGUUGUCCCUUAUGGGCUUCACAAUCACAUUCACCUGCAUCUCGGUAACCCCCAUAGCAGGCCAUAUCAUUGAUGAUCUCAACGGUAGCAAAGGGGCUAAAUCUGCCACUGUUAUGCUUGUCACAAUAUGGGAGCUAGGCGAGGCAGUAGGGCCCUUUUUCAUUGCCCCGCUAUCUGAGAUAUUUGGACGCUAUCACCUUUACUUGACUAUGAACACGAUGUUCAUUGUGGCUACCUUGUUUGCGGCUUUAUCGCCCAGCACAGAACUGCUUAUCGUUUCACGCGCUCUGAUGGGUAUUUCAGUAGCGUCCAACGUACUGAGCCCUGCCAUUAUCGGUGAUAUGUUCAUUCCAGAACAAAGGGGCACUGCUCUUACUCUGAUAAUGUUCACUCCCCUCAUCGGUGGUACCGUGGGUCCGGUUAUUAGCGGUGCUAUUCUGCAGACUCUAGGCUGGCGCGCUAUCAUUUGGAUUAGCGUUGUGAUGGCGAGCAUUUGUCAGAUCUUGUUCUUAACCUUCUUCCAAGAAACAUAUAAGGUCCAAAUCCUGCGCCGGAGGGCGGCUUGGCUGACUCUUGAAAUUGGGGGGUUCGAGAAGAACAAGCGUCCUACGGUGGACUUGGCGAGCUUUCGAGACUCGAUCAUGCGCCCAGCGGUGGUUCUACUCAACUCGGGUGUUUUGGUGGCUCUCAUACUGUUUGGAUCUUUCAUUUUCUCUCAUUUCUACACUGUAACCACAACACUUCCAGAGAUUUUGGAGGAUAUUUAUGGACUAUCGCCAACUGCAACAGGUCUUGUUUUCAUUGCAAAUGGUGAGAUUGCUACAGCUGCCCCGUGA